GCCAUAAAAAUCCCCUGGCGCCUGAGCCCCGUGCUCACUGGCACCAUGAGGGCAUUCGUCUUGGCCUUGCUAGUCUCCCUGGCGGGGAGCGAGAAGUACCCCGUGGAGCCAGGAUUUAGCAGCAGCAGGACUUACGUGUACAGUUACGAGGGACAGCUCCUCAGUGGGUUGCCGGACAGAGAUUUGGCGAGGGCUGGGUUGAAGCUCUCGUGCAAAGUGGAGAUCAGCGGAGCAUCAGAGAAGGCAUACUACCUCAAGAUCCGAUCUCCACAAGUAGACGAAUACAACGGCUACUGGCCCCAAGAGGCCUUCGUUCACUCUUCCAAGCUCACCCAUAUCCUGGCGUCCCACGUGAAUGCGCCCAUCAAAUUCGAAUACGUCAAAGGGAGGGUCGGAGCCAUUUUUGCCCCGGAGGACAUGUCCGACACCGUUGUGAACAUACUGAGAGGAAUCCUCCAAAUAUUGCACGUGACCAUCAAGAAAUCCCAAUCGGUGUAUGACCUGCAGGAGACGGGGAUCGGCGGACUCUGUCACACCAGAUACAUCAUCCAGGAAGACAAGAAGGAAGAGAGCGUCACCAUCAGCAAGACCAAGGACCUCAACAAUUGCCAAGACAAGGUGGUGAGGAGCAGCGGGAUGGCUUACAAGUUCACCUGCCCUUUCUGCGACAAGAGAGACAAGACCACGAAAGGGACGGCUUCGUACACGUACACGAUGAAAUACGCCCAAGCGGGUGCCUUGAUCACCCAAGUUAAGGCUCAGCAGGUGUAUCAGACGGCGCCUUUCAACGAACUCAACGGUGUGGCCGUCGCGGAAUCCAAGCAAGUAUUUACUCUGCUUGAAAUUAAAAGCAAGCAGACCCCAGCGGAAAUACACCUGCAGAGUCGUGGAAGCAUCCGGUACCAUUUCCCUAAAGAGACGCAGCAGAUGCCGAUGCAGAUAGUAAAGUUAAAAAACCCCGAAGACCGGGUCGUGGAGACCCUGAAAUAUUUAGUACAGGCCAAUCAGCACGAUAUCAAGGAAGACGCCCCGACUAAAUUCCUCGAGCUUACCCUGCUCUGCCGGGCAUCGACUUUUGAAGGUCUGGACAGUGUCUGGAAGCAGUAUGGGGAGAAGAGCCAUUACAGGCGAUGGCUGCUGAGUGCCAUUUCCAUGGCCGGCUCUUUGGACGCGUUCAAGUUCCUGAAAAAAAAGAUUCACGGGGAGGAGACCCACUACAUGGAAACAGCCGCCAUCCUCUCUCUGGUCUUCCAUUCCGUCAGACUCGAAGAGAAACUGAUACCGGAGGUCAUCGAACUAGUGACCAGCUCGCGGAUUAAGAAAGAUGCCACAUUCCUCCAAAUUGCGCUCCUGGGAUACGGUUCCUUCGUGUACAGGUACUGCGCCACCAUUUCCACCUGUCCAAAUGCCGUUCUUCAGGUUCUCCACGACUUUGCGGCCGAGGCGCUUAGCAAAGGCCACGAGGAAGAAAUGGCCAUCGCCCUGAAGGCCCUGGGCAACGCCGGCCAGCCUGCCAGCGUGAAGCGCAUCCAGAAAUUCCUGCCCGGAUUUUCAUCUACCGCUUCCGAUCUCCCCGUCAGGAUUCAGGCGGAAGCGGUGAUGGCGUUCAGAAAAAUAGCCUGGAAGGAUCCCAAAAAAGUGCAGGAUGUCCUUAUCCAGGUGUACGGAGACCGCUCGGUCCACCCCAACGUCCGGAUGGCGGCCUGCGUGAUGCUCUUCGAAACCAAGCCGGGCCUGACUCUGGUCAUGGCCAUCGCCAAUUCCGUGCAGAAGGAGAUCAGCCUGCAAGUGGCCAGUUUCACUUAUUCUCACAUGAAGGUGCUGUCCAAGAGCACCAUCCCGGAGUUCGCCAACGUCACUACCGCCUGCGGUAUCGCCAUCAAAUUCCUCAAUCCCAAACUGGACUAUCUAAGCUACCGCUAUAGCAAGGCUUUGCGCUUCGAAAAAUACGUAGAUCCGUAUCGGGCGGCUGCAAUCGGAAGUAUCUACCUGAUGAACAGUCCCAAGACUAUGUUUCCAGAAACUAUAAUUUCCAAAUUCAGAACCCACUAUGCAUGUUCAAUAGCUGAUCUUUUCGAGUUUAGCAUCCGGACUCAAGGCCUGACUGAUGUUCUCUGGAAACAAAACACCCCGUUUGCUGACUUUUCCAUGACCAAGAAGAUCAAAGAACUUGUGAAAACUUUAUUUGGAUGGAAGGGAUUACCUUCUGAAAAACCCCUGAUCUCAGCCGACAUCAAAGUAUUUGGUCAAGAGCGGUUCUUUCUCGAUAUCAACAAGGACUUGAUUCAGAAGGCACUGAAGGUAUUCUUCGAACCGGUAGAGAGGCACAGUGCGAUGAAGAAGGUCAUCACGCAGCUCCAAAACGGCGUUUCCACGCAGUGGACCCAACCGGUGUUGAUGGAGGAAGUCAACUACGUUGUACCCAGCCUCCUGGGUCUCCCGCUCGACCUCAGUUUUUACUUGACUGGCUUCGUUCACGCUUUGGCGUCGGUUGGCAUGAAGAUGUCACCCCCCAUGUCCAACAACUUCCGGGCUUCACAGUUGUUUGAGUCUGUUAUUCAAGCUCAAGCUGACAUUGGUCCCAGCGUGUACCUGCACACGGUGGCAACCAUGACGGUGAACACGCCCCUCUUCCAGUCCGGCAUUGAGUUCCACACCAAGUUCCAGGCCACUUCCCCGGUGAAAUUCGACGCCAAGCUGCACAUGAAAUCCAAAAGUUUCAAGUUCGAAACGAGCCCGUCGCACAAGGAAACUGAGCUGACCAAGUUUAGGUCUAUAGCUUACGCCGUCUCCAGAAACAUCGAAGAGCCGGAUGCGGAGAAGAAGACACCCGUCGUACCUCCAGAUGUCCCGAACAACAUGGAUAGAGUCUAUUUUACAUCAGCUGAAUCAACUUCAAGAGAAAAGCCCAUGAUGCAGAGGCCGGCUUACGGAAUGAUGCCGAAGAAGCAUUCCCACAUGCCUAAGAGACAUCAUCACACUUUAUCUGGAAAACAGUCCACACAGACCUUCUGUGUCAAAGUACAUCCUUCUGGAUACCAAAUCUGCUUUUCCACCAAAUCUUCCAGUGCUUCCUACCUCAGUCCUGCCCUUCUUUACAAAGUCAUUGGAGAACAUGCCUUUAAAGCUUUUGUGAAACCGGUUUCUGCAGAUACUACAAUUGACAAGCUCCAGUUGGAGAUUCAGACAGGACCCAAAGCGGCUUCGAAAAUCAUCCACGUGAUAACCGCGGGGGACGGGGAUGGUGACAACCACAAACACGAGGACGAUCAGAGCAGUGACGAAGACAUCUCGCGGGACGAGGCGGUGCAACUGAAAUUGAAAAAGAUCCUAGGAAUCGAUAGGGUUUUUCAGGUUAAGAAAAAUGGAACGAAGUGGAAGUUUCCCAAGAAGGUGUCGCCGAAGAAAAUCAAGGCUAUAGCUGAGAUUCAAACCGAAGCGGGCCUAAAGCAUCCCUCCAAGUCAUCCUCCUCCUCGUCGAUGACCUCUUCUGAGACCUCUUCUCUGACUUCGUCCCGCUCCGCUGCCGGCAAAGACAAGCAUAAAAGUGAAAAAGGCCCGGCGAGGAGGGCUAAACACCACCAUAGAAGCAGCAGCAGCAGCAGCAGCAGCAGCAGCGGUGACACAAGUGAGAAGGAAAAGAGCAGUAGCAGUAGCAGCAGUAGUAACAGCAGCAAGAGCGACAGCAGCAGCAAGAGUGACAGCAAGAGAACUAGCAGCAGCAGCAGUGAAAAGAGCAGCAGUAAAAGCAGCAGCAGUGAAAAUAGCAGCAGUAAAAGCAGCAGCAGCAAGGGAAACAGCAGCAGUAAAAGCAGCAGCAGCAGCAAGGGAAACAGCAGCAGCAGCAGCAAAAAUAGCAGCAGCAGCAGCAAAAAUAGCAGCAGCAGCAGCAAAAAUAGCAGCAGCAGCAGCAGCAGCAAGGACCGCAGCCGCAGUAAAAGCAGCAGCAGCAGCAGUAAGGACAGCAGCAGCAAAAAUAGCAGCAGCAGGAGGGAGAGCAAACAUUCUGGAAGGAAACACAAGUCAAGAAGCCCUGGAAAGGCACUGGUUUUGGACAAGACUCCCCACCGCACAAAUGGCAGCAGCAGCAGCAGCAGUAGCAGCAGCAGUAGUAGCAAAAGCAAUAGUAGCAGCAGUAGCAGCCACAGCAGCAGCAGCAGCAGCAGCAGCGAGAGCAAGGAAAAAGGGGGACCAUUGGAGAUUUACCAAUACAAAUUCAAGUCUGCACACAAGCAAGAGGUUCCCAAAAAGAAGAGUGGGGAACGCAUGGGCAGUAAAAAGGGUAGCCAUGGCAGCAGCAGCAGCAGCAGCAGCAGCAAGAACAGCAGCAGGAAGAGCAGCAGCAGCAGUAGCCACAGCAGUAGCCACAGCAGCAGUAGCCACAGCAGCAGUAGCCACAGCAGCAGCAGCAGCAGCAGCAGCAGCAGCAGCAGUAGCCACAGCAGUAGCCACAGCAGCAGUAGCCGCAGCAGCAGUAGCCACAGCAGCAGUAGCCGUUCUAGUUCCGCUUCUUCAGAAGGCAGCAAAGAAGAAAAAUCUCAGCCUAAAUUCCUGGGAGACAGUCACCCCCCAGCAAUGGCUGUUGUCUUUCGCGCUUUCCGAAGCGACAAGAAGCAGGCUGGUUACCAGUUCAUGAUGUACACAGACUCCUCCAAACCCAGGAUGCAGUUAUUUUUCUCCAGCAUCUCCGCCGCCAGCAAGUGGAAGUUCUGCGCCGAGGCUUCAGUUGUUAACACCCAUAAGGCAGCGGCGUCUCUGAAGUGGGGUCAGAACUGCCGGCAGUAUAAAGUGGCUACCAAGGUUGUGACCGGGCGGUUUGCUGACCACCCCGCUCUGCAAGUCAAAGCAGAAUGGCCCAAAGUCUCCUCCCGGAUCCGAAAGGCUGCAAAUUGGUUUUACCCAUUCUUUCCAGGAUUCGCGUAUAUGUUUGGAUUCUACGGGAAAGAAAGGAAAAACCCGUCUCGACAGGCCACUUUCGUGGUGUCCGCAACUUCCGCGAGAACGUCCGAUGUUGUGAUCAAACUUCCUGAUUUCACCAUGUAUGACAGAGCCAUUUGGCUCCCAUUCUCAGUCCCCGUGGGACCGCAAGUUUCACCUUCCACUCAGCCAUCAACUCCCUGGAACUUCUUCUCUGAAGCCCCGUCUUUAUUCGUCGAGAACCUUAAAGCUCUCUGUUAUGCCGGAGGAAAUAAUAUCACAACCUUCAAUGGAAUUAACUACAACUAUGAGAUGCUUGCAAACUGUUACCAUGUCUUAGCCCAAGACGGCAGCCAGGAUCCAAAAUUCAUGGUGAUGAUAAAGAAAGUGGAAGAAUCGACCGACCAGAAGGCCAUCAAUGUCAAACUAGGCAAUCAUGACAUUGACAUGUAUCCCAAAGAAGGCCACCUCAAACUGAAAAUUAAUGGUUUAGAAACUCCGGUGGAGAAACUCCCAUAUGAAUCCAGUUCUGAACCGACCGUACUGAUCGCGGAGGAGAAAAAUGGCAUAAUCCUCAUUGCUCCGGCGUACGGCAUCGACAAGCUUUUCUACGACGGAAAGAUCUGCAAGGUUCAAGUGUCAAUGUGGAUGAUUGGAAAGACGCAAGGCAUGUGCGGCAGUUGCGAUGCUGAGCAUAGCCUGGAAUUCCAAAUGCCCAAUGGUCAGCUAGCAAAAAAUGCAGUGAGUUUUGCCCAGUCUUGGAUUUUAGCGGAAGAUUCCUGUGAUUCGGCGUGUGCCCUGCAGCGUAAAGUCAUGAAAAUCGAGAAACGCGUUGGAUAUGAAAGACGGGCCUCCACCUGCCUGUCCAUCCACCCCGUCUUGACGUGUCGACGGGGAUGCUCGCCCACCAGAACUACCCCCUUCUCCGUCGGUUUCCACUGUCUAACAGCCGGAGCCACUUCUGUUCUUCCUGACGAGCACAGUAACUUGGACCAGAAAUCCGAAGAUUUGGUCGAGAACGUGGAUGCCCACGCGACAUGCGCCUGCAGUAAACUACAGUGUGCCGCCUGAAACUGCGUUUUGCUCGAUUUCUGGGACAUUGUGCGGAGUUCAGGAUUUUUUAUUUUAUUUUACUGGGCCGUAACCGAUGUCGUUUGGGAUUCGGAUCACCUUGUAACCUCCCCAGUGCUUAGAACAGUGCUUUGCACAUAGGAAGCGCUUAAUAAAUGCCAUUAUUAUUAUUAUUAUUAUUAUUGUAUAACGCCUCUUCUAAUUUAUAAUGUUCUAACGCGUGGCCACAGCUUGAGGUUUGGAAAACGUUUUUGAGUUUGUAGAAUGCUAGAAUAAAUCUUCCCGUUUAAUAAGU